GUAUCCAUUAAGUUCAACGGAAUUAUUAGGUGAGUUGAGUAAAUAAAGAAAUAAUAAAAAGGGAAAAUAAAUAACCGGUAAUAAUCGUCGUUCACACAAAAGCUCUAAAUAAAAAGGUCGAAGAGAGGCACUGCCGGAAGGGAACAACCACCGUCUUUCAAUUUUCCGGCGAUCUCCUCGUUUCUUCCACCUGCGAUCUAAUAUCCCAACAAUCAAACAUGACUACAUCAAGACGCCUUGCAGUUAGGAAGGUGGAGAAGUUUGAGAAAAACAUCACAAAAAGAGGAAGUGUGCCAGAAACCACUGUUAAGAAAGGAAAAGACUAUCCUGUUGGCCCCGUGCUGCUUGGUUUCUUCGUCUUUGUUGUUAUUGGAUCAUCUCUCUUUCAGAUAAUCAGGACAGCAACGAGUGGAGGCAUGGCAUAAUGGAGCUUUGAGUUGGACUGUGUCAUCUUCUCUUUCUUAGCCCUGUAGAAAAUAUGACUAUACUUUUCUACAUGUACUUGGACUGUACCCAGUUCCUGUUCAUGUUUUGAUGAAGUUUUAAGGAUUUUUAAUUAUACAACUAUUGCGCCUCUUCUCUUUAAUUUUACGUAAUACGGCAGAUUGGUUUUUUA